AUGCAAAACACUUACUUCGGACAUUUAAAAUUAACUAAUACGAAACUUUUUUAUUUCAUUUAUGCAGAAAAGCCCAAAAUCCUUGAAAUUAGUCCCAAUCAAACAGUAAAGGAAGGCGAACGCCUCCUCAUCACUUGUCGGUCGUCAGGGGACCCUCAGCCCGAGGUCAUCUGGGUGGUGAACAACCUGGACCCACCUGCUCGUCGCGUCUACUCGCGCCAGAUUCAGCCGUUGCCUCUACCCGCUCUAUCCCCAGGAGCAGAGAUGUCGAAGAGCACAGACGACAAACUUCGUUUAGCUGGCCCCGUCAACUUGAUCAGCCGUCCUUUUGCAACGGUUGCUGCAGCCGGAGUACAAAGCCACCGAAUGAGGCGGCUACGAACUGCCUCUCGAUUUGAAGAGAGAGGGCAGCCUGACGGUUUACCUCCCCUACCCGACAUCUUGGAAGCCCUGCUACCAGACAACGACUUGGGAGAGACCGGUUUCAAAGGCGACAGUCGAAGCGACUUGGCCGAGCUCAAAGCAGCUGCUUCAGGCGGACCUGCGCGAAUCCGGGCGCUGGCCGAUGGUGGACUGUUGAUCGAGAGCGUUCAACUCGUGGAUGAGGGUGCCUACGUGUGCAUAGCGAAGAACAAGCACGGCACCGAAGCGCAGCGUGGCAUCUUUGUUCGCGUCUUGAGUAGGCCACAACAACACGAGGCCUUUAUUUUGUUCUUAUUUUUAUUAUGGCAUUGUGAACUCAUGCUCUGUCUGAUGGUCUGA